AUGUCCUCUUCAGCUCAGAAGUCCGCUGCUCUGUCUCGCAACAACGAGUGCUAUUCAAAUCUGUUUCCAUCAAGGACGGUAUUGUUAGCACGACACACUUCGAAUCAAGAGCCCACCCCGAUUCCGCAUCGUAGCUGCACAUUUAUCCCACGGGCUCUCUUUUCACCUGGUGGUAGCCGUUUUGGAAAUCUUGAGAGUUGCUGGGUAUUGGCAAAACUGGAUAUAUUUCGGGAGCUCAAGUUCUUUCCUUUUUUGUAUACGUUUCGACGCAACGUGGUAGUCUUUCUCUAA